GGCGCCUUACUUACUGCUCAUAUUGUGCCGACUUCUAUCAUCGCAUGGUUCGAUGGAGGGAGCAUGCACUUUCUGACUUUGUAGCGCGUUCAUACUCCGAUGUUCAGUGUCGGCUCUUUUCCCUUUUUUUAUCGACUUUCUUUGCCCUGACCUGCCUGUUGUCUGACGAGAAGUUGGACCUAUUUCGUGCAUCCCCGGUACCUCUUCUUGUUUUUUUUUUUGUUUUUUUACCUUGAUCCGCCAACAGGUCUCGAACUGUGGGACAUCGAUUCGAUUUUUGCCCCCCCUUCUUUUUCUAUUAUACGGCUGGUCCUUAAAAAUUCGAAAUUGCCUUGAGGCAUCGAGCACAUCUAAAUGAAAAUCUCAGAACAGCAGGGGCAAGUCAGCGCUGCAGCCCUGGCGAUGAACCAGUCAACUGCUACCCCUAGUUCACCCAGAAACCAACGUCUACAUGAUCCGGAUGCCUCCAUAAUCCUGGUGGGAUGUCGGGGCGCCGGCAAACGGUCCCUGGGGUUCAUAGCAGCCCUUCACCUGCGCCGACGUCUAGUAACUGAGGACCAUUGCUUUGAGCAAAUCACGGGUCUAUCCCGGGCUACGUAUUUGCGGCAGCAUGGAAAAGAUGCAUUUGCACGCCAGAAUGCAGAUGUAUUCAAACGAAUGUUAGAUGUGAACCGCAACGGCUGCAUUAUCGUAUGUGGCAUGACGAGUCUCUCGGACGAAGCCCAGCAUAUCCUGGAGCAGUAUUGCAGGUCAAAUCCUGUCGUAUAUGUCCAUCGUGAGAAGGACCAAAUGAAGAGGUUUCUGGACCAGUCAGAUGCGACCCAGAUAUUGGCUGCGGACCAGAGUCAUAGGCGCUGCUCCAACAUGGAGUACUUUAACCUCUUCGAUCCCUCCAGCAGCAAAUAUGCCUCAGUCAACGACACAGGGUCACCUCGGUGGGAUGCUCUAUCGGCAAGCUCCUCAACUCUCGUCAACGCAAAAGAGGAUUUUACCACGUUUUUGGACUUGAUGCAAGGUCAAGGCUGGCGCCGCAAGUUUCUUGAGAGCCCAUUUUCCAUACACGCUCUGCCACCCGAAUUCAGACAAUAUUCCUACGCUCUCAGGCUCCGUCUUUCGUGGCUAUUAGAAAUGACGGUUUCGUGGGAGGACCUAGAGGCCGCCGGCGACUGUGUCGAGUUAAUUGUGGAUUGCUGGCCAGAUGACUUGCCCAAUGUCAUUGCCAAGCAGGUAGCCCUGAUAAGGAGAAAUCUGGGCUGGCCAUUGAUAUUUCAUGUGGAAGAGAACCCAAGGAACCAGCGCCGUAGGGGCCAGGAAGAGAAGGACGCGAUCGAUGCAGACCUGCUCGAACUAGGCCUGCGUCUCAAUGCCGAUUAUAUCAGUCUAGACCUGCAAAGGAACCCGACCGUGAUAAAUCGGGUCUUGGAACGCCGAGGGAGGACAAGGAUAAUCGGCAAUUUUUGGUACCUGGGAAUGGGGGCAUUGGCUUGGGCAGAUCCAUCGCAGCUGGACAAUUUUGUAUACGCAAAAUCCUUGAACUGUGACGUUGUCCGGAUGAUAAGGUUCUGUUCUGGCGACAACCCGGUAGAGCGGCUUUUGGAGCUCAAAGAGAAGAUACAAGCGACGGUACCUGAUCCGAAACCGCCUCUUGUCGCGUAUGACUUUUCGGUUCUCGGUGCGAGAACACCUCUCCAGUCAAGCAUUCUGAUCCCAGUCAAGCAUGCGGGCAUGGACAACACAGACCAUCUGGCCACUGUCUGCACUUACGAGAACUCUUUCAACCGACUCUUCACUCAGCUGAUGCUGGACCCCCUUCGGUUCUAUGUCCUCGGCGCGAGCGUCUCGUACUCGAUUUCACCAGCAAUGCACCAGGCCGCAUACGAUUUUUCAAGGAUCCCGCACACCUUCCAAGCUGUGUCAUGUUCGACACUUGGGGAGCUUUAUCGCAUCUGCUAUGAUAGCUCUUUUGGUGGCGCUUCUCUGGCUGCACCUUUCAAGGUCGCCAUCAUGCCCCAGCUGAAACUCAAGAGCCAUCAUGCAAACAUCAUCGGCGCAGUCAACGUGCUUCUUCCACUUCGAGGCCAAACAGGCUCUAUACUCAGCCAUGCGACCUCCAGAAACAAGGCUGGUCCCGUAAACAACUUUUAUGGUGACAAUACGGAUUGGAGUUCCAUCCUGACGUGUCUCAAGCGUUCCAUCAGUCCGCGCAACUAUGUGAGGCCGUCCAAGACAGCGGCCCUGGUUGUUGGAGCCGGUGGCAUGGCCAGAGCGGCCAUUUACGCCCUAAUUCAGCUCGGCUGCAGGAACAUUUUUAUACAUAGCCGUACACAGCGGAAUGCGUCUGAAGUAGCCGAACAUUUCAACAACCUUGUCAGGGAGAAAAAGAUCGCGACUACACCAUCCCAGCCUCAAAUCUGUCACGUUCUGCCAUCUCGGUCACAUGAAUGGCCUGAUUUGUACGAGAUGCCCACAAUCAUCAUAUCAUGCGUGCCUGCAAUCAGUUCUGAUGACGGCCUGCCUGUGAACUUUACAUUACCCGAGCAAUGGCUAAGCAGCCCGACGGGAGGCGUUGUGGUGGAGUUGGCGUAUGAGCCUCUUGUUACGCCUCUAGUGGCACAGAUCCGGGCAUACCAGCAAUCAGUAUCACCAUAUUGGGUACUGGUCGACGGCCUGGAAGUGGUUAGCGAGAUGGCGAUAGAAGCAUUCGAGCUGAUGACGGGUAGAAUGGCUCCAAGGAGACUGAUGAAGCAGAGAUACAUCAUUGGUCUCCAGCGGAGGCUGAUUGGUGUCGAUAGCCUCGAAAUCGAAAUUGUGGACGCUGGGGAUCUCAGCCGUCUGCCGCGGUCACCAAUUGUCCUCCAGACUUGCUAUCCAUCCACUGACCUGAUGGAAAACAACCCCUUGGGCAACUUGAGACCCUCAGUCUCGCGCAGCGGAUCUCCUGACUUGGGACAGACUCCGCGACAGAUUACAAGUAUACAAACCAGUCCACCGCAGUUCACCAGUAAACCCAUCAAAUACGCCGAGAGUUCCUCGUCCAAGACGACUAAUCCCCAGUUCGAGGAUGAAUUGACCGCCGACGAUGAAUACAUUCUCUGCACUCGUGAGGGAGAUCUGCCUCGGAGACUCGCUUUGAGAAACCAUAGAGUCUUUAUGGAAGUCCCAGAGUCAGAACAUGGGGAUGAUCGCAUAGCGCCGAUGGGCCCCAGGGAUUCCAACCCAAGAUUCCUGAACAACAUGAGACCAUUGCCCAGAGGCUAUAAGGUCUUGCGUAAGGUCAGAUCAGAAAGCAGUCACGUCUGGUUUUCUGGUGAUGGCUUCACUCGAUCGGAGGCUAGACCCAUGGGACGUUUCGUCGGCUCAAAGCGCAAGGCUUCGGAUUUAACCUCUGCCAUAGGCCUCCUCGAUCUUGGCGCACUAUCACGUCAUAGCAAUCUAGAUCAGUACGAAUCGACUGCAACGGAGAAAGCAUCCAAACGGAUGCGACUUACGCAUGUUGGUAGCGCGCGUGAUCUAGAUCUGAAUAGCAUACAACAUCACCGCCGCAAAUAUAAGCGAAAGUCAAACGCCGACGUGGGAGAGGGUCUUAUACUUCCAUCUAACGACACUCAACCUGUUGCGGAAGGUUCGAGCGAAUUUCCAAGUGUCAUUUCGCCAGCUCCGCAAGUCGAUCGGCCGGUUAGGUCUUCAUCUCUCCCUGUCAUUCCCAUGACUCCUUGGAACUUUUCAGCUGCUAUCUUGAAAGGCGCGGGAGUCAGGAACUCAGCAAAUCAGCAGAGAUCAACACAGAAAACUUGGCAAACCUAUGAGCUGUCAGAUUCUGAGGGCGAGGACCAAGCUGGCUGGCGUUGA